CAUUAGCCUUGAAUACCCGCCAAGUGCAAACGCGGGAAGCCACACUCAUUUCCCUUUUUUGUACUGAAAUUUUGUUUCGAAAUUAUACCAAAAUCCAUUCCCCCUUAUCACUAUCCCGCCUUCUUCUUCUUCUUCUUCUUUCCCUCUUUCUCUUUUUAUUUCUUUCAAAUCAUCUCUCCCAAAACCUCAUUUCCCCCCUUUCUUCCUUCUUUGCCGCUCUACAUUCUUCAGCUAAAUGGAUGUUGUAUUAAAGGUAUGGCGAAGAAGACUAGGAGCCAAUUAAUGGCUACAUCCAAUGAUCUAAAGGAGUCGGACACGAAAAAUGUGAAAGCAGUCAAACCGAAGCAGAAGAGAAAUAGGUCAGAAAAUGGUGAGCAGGUUGUUGGUGUUAGGAAAAUGCCAAAGCGUGCUGCUGCAUGCUCAGAUUUUAAGGUCAAAACUAUUCCAUUACCGGAGAAAUCUUCUGUUAUUGAAUGCAAAAGGGAGGUGACAGUGGAAGAUGAGAUAGCUGCAGUUGGCUUGACGACGUCAGGCCUGGAUGAUUCUCGGCCAAAUAGGAGACUAACUGAAUUUACAUUUCAUGAUGAGGAUGGAAAGCCACAGGCUGUUGAAAUGUUAGAAGUAAAUGAUUUGUUCAUUUCAGGUGUUAUCUUACCUUUUGAAGACACCCCUGAUAAAGAGAAGAAUAAGGGCGUUAGGUGUGAAGGAUUUGGGCGGAUUGAGUCUUGGACAAUAUCUGGUUAUGAAGAUGGUUCACCAACUAUAUGGAUCUCCACCGAUGUAGCUGAUUAUGAUUGUGUUAGGCCUGCAGGUGGAUACAAAAAACUAUACAAUAUCUUCUAUGAAAAAGCCAAUGCCUGUGUGGAGGUCUACAAGAAAUUGGCAAGGACUUCUGGUGGGAAUCCAGAUUUGACAUUGGAGGAAUUGCUUGCUGGAGUAGUACGCUCCUUGAACAGUAGUAGAAAUUUUCCUGCUGGGAUGUCUGUCAAAGAUUUUAUCUUCUUGCAGGGGGAAUUCAUAUAUAAUCAACUUAUUGGUUUAGAUGAUACAUCCAAGAAAAAUGACCAGGUUUUCACAGACUUGCCUGUGCUUUGUGCCCUAAGGGAUGAAAGCAGAAAACAAGGGAACUUGCUACCAAAUGCAGGCUCGUUUGAUGGGUCCACAAAUCUUGGUUUGAAGAUUAAAGAUGGAGAGCAACGCAAUCCUCCCAAUAUACCUGGAUCUGGAGCCGAGGAAGAUGAGGAUUUGAAAUUGGCUAAGUUGCUUCAAGAAGAGGAGUAUUGGCGAUCCGCAAAGCAAAGAAAAAAUCAGCGUUCUACUACUUCAUCAAACAAGUUCUACAUCAAAAUCAACGAGGACGAAAUUGCAAAUGACUAUCCUCUACCAGCCUAUUACAAAACUACAAAGGACGAAAUGGAUGAGUUUCUUAUCUUCGAUGGGGAUAUGGAUAUAUGUGAUCCUGAUGACCUUCCUCGAAGCAUGCUUCAUGACUGGUCCCUUUACAACUCUGAUUCCCGGCUUAUUUCUUUAGAACUCCUUCCAAUGAAACCUUGUGAUGAUAUUGAUGUGACAAUAUAUGGGUCGGGGAUCACAACUGCUGACGAUGGUAGUGGUUUCUGUCUUGAUGCUGAUACUAGUCAGUCAUGUUCGUCUCAAAUGCAGAACACGGAUGGGAUUCCAAUUUAUUUGAGUGCAAUAAAGGAGUGGAUGAUUGAAUUUGGAUCUUCAAUGGUGUUCAUAUCAAUUCGCACUGACAUGGCCUGGUAUCGAUUGGGAAAGCCGUCCAAGCAGUAUGCUCCAUGGUAUCAAACAGUACUAAAAACUGCAAGGCUUGCAAUAAGCAUUAUUACCUUACUGAAGGAGCAGAGUCGUGCCUCAAAGCUUUCUUUUGCAGUUAUUAUCAAAAAAAUUUCUGAAUUUGAUAAGAACAAUCCUGCUUAUAUCUCUUCCAUCCCAUCGGUUGUUGAGAGAUAUGUGGUGGUACAUGGACAGAUAAUACUGCAAACCUUUUCUGAAUAUCCAGAUGAUAUGAUCCGGAAGUGUGCCUUUAUAACUGGGCUUAGUGAUAAAAUGGAGGAAAGGCAUCAUACCAAGUGGUUGGUAAAGAAGAAGGCUGUUCUAAAGCAGGAGGCAAAUAUGAAUCCAAGAGCUUCAAUGAAACCUGUAACUUCGAGAAAGGCUAUGCCUGCUACUACUACUAGAUUGAUAAACAGGAUUUGGGGAGAAUUUUACUCAAAUUAUUCGCCAGAAGACUUGAAAGAGGCAGAUAAUAAUGAAACAAGAGAAGAUGAACCGGAAGAAGAGGAGGUUGAAGACGAAGAAUCGGAAGAGGUUGAAGAGGACGAUGGUCAAGUGGAUUUGAAAGCCGAGGAAUCAAAACCUGUAGUAAAGCCUGCUAAGAGGAAGCAAUCUGAUGGAAAAAAUAAAUGGGAUGGUGAAAUAGUAGGCACAACAAGUCAAGGCUAUCCUCUUUACAAACAAGCCAUUGUCCAUGGAGAUUUGGUUGCUGUGGGUGGUUUUGUGUCUGUGGAAACGGAUAAUGUACAUGACUUGCCUGCCAUAUAUCUUGUGGAGUACAUGUAUGAAAAAUCCAAUGCAAGAAAAAUGGUUCACGGUAGACUGGUGGUUAGAGGAUUGGAGACUGUUUUAGGCAAUGCUGCCAAGGAGCAGGAGGUCUUUCUUACCAAUGAUUGCCUGGAUUUUGAGUUGAAUGAAAUUAAAGAAAAAGUGGUUGUAGAGAGUUGCAUGAGGCCUUGGGGACAUCAACACCGCAAGGCUAAUGUCAAGAAGGAUAAGGCUGAUGAGGAAAGAGCAGAGGAGAGGAAACGUAGAGGACUACCUAUGGAGUUCUAUUGUAAAAGCUUAUAUUGGCCUGAAAAAGGUGCUUUCGUUUGUCUUCCAAAAGAGACCAUGGGCCUGGGAACCGGAGAUUGCCAUUCUUGUAAACUAAAGGAAGCCCAAAGAGAUGACACCAUGAAGUUGCAUUCUUCUUUGACGAGCUUCACAUAUGGGGGAGCUGACUAUUCUGUUAAUGAUUAUGCUUACUUAGCUCCUCAUCAUUUUGGAACUGAUGAAAGAGGCAUUGAAACAUUCAAGGGCGGAAGAAAUGUAGGCCUCAAUGCUUAUGUUGUUUGUCAAUUGUUGGGCAUUGAAACAUCCAAGGGCUCAAAACAACCUUGUCCAGUAUCAACUAUGAUCAAAGUUAGGAGAUUUUUUAGACCAGAGGAUAUUUCAGCAGAAAAGGCAUACUGCUCAGAUAUUAGAGAACUGUAUUACAGUGAUGAAAUAACAAUGAAGCCUGUUUCUGCUAUAGAAGGAAAGUGUGAAGUACGGAAAAAGCAGGAUAUCCCAGCUGCAAACUGUCCUGCUAUCUUUGAUCACAUCUUCUUUUGCGAACAUCUCUAUGAUCCAGAGAAGGGAGCUAUCAAAAAGUUGCCAGCUAAUGUGAAACUAAGUUCCUCUUCCGAAAGGCAAAUUAAUGAUGCUGCACAAAGAAAGAAAAAAGGGAAGUGUAAAGAAGGAGAAAUUAUACCUGAUGAAACUGAGAGCAAAAAAGAUAUGCCACUUGAAAAUCGUUUGGCUACUCUGGAUAUAUUUGCUGGAUGUGGGGGCUUAUCUGAGGGUCUGCAGCAAGCAGGCGUUUCAGUUACCAAAUGGGCCAUUGAAUAUGAAGAGCCUGCGGGUGAAGCAUUUAGUCUCAAUCAUCCAGAGGCAUUGACAUUUGUAAAUAAUUGCAAUGUGAUCCUAAGGGCUGUCAUGAAAGCAUGUGGUGAUGCAGAUGAUUGUAUAUCAACUUCUGAAGCCAUUGAACUAGCAGAAAAACUUGAUGACAAGGAGAUCAAUAAUCUGCCUCGUCCAGGACAAGUUGAAUUCAUCAAUGGAGGACCUCCUUGUCAGGGUUUUUCUGGAAUGAAUCGUUUUAAUCAGAGUACUUGGAGUAAGGUCCAAUGUGAGAUGAUUUUGGCAUUCUUAUCCUUUGCCGAAUACUUUCGUCCAAAGUAUUUUCUUCUGGAGAAUGUGAGGAAUUUUGUUUCAUUCAAUAAAGGGCAGACUUUUCGCCUUACAUUAGCUUCACUUCUUGAGAUGGGAUAUCAGGUAAGAUUUGGGAUUCUAGAGGCCGGGGCAUAUGGGAUCUCUCAAUCUAGAAAACGUGCAUUCAUAUGGGCAGCGUCUCCCGAGGAAAUUCUACCAGAAUGGCCAGAGCCAAUGCAUGUCUUUGGUAGCCCGGAGCUCAAGAUUUUAUUGUCUGAAAAUACUCGGUAUGCUGCUGUUCCUAGUACUGCAGGAGGUGCACCUUUUCGUCCAAUUACUGUCAGAGAUACAAUUGGAGAUCUACCAGCUGUUGGAAAUGGGGCUUCUGUGACAACAAUGGAGUACAAGAGCGAACCGACAUCUUGGUUCCAGAAGAAGAUUCGAGGAGAUGUCCUUGUCUUGAAUGAUCAUAUAUCAAAAGAAAUGAACGAGCUAAAUCUUAUUAGAUGUCAAAGAAUUCCAAAGCGCCCAGGUGCUGAUUGGCGCGAUCUUCCAGAUGAGAAGGUUCGGUUGUCAACUGGACAAAUGCAUGACUUGAUACCCUGGUGCCUGCCCAACACAGCCAAGAGACACAACCAAUGGAAAGGUUUGUUUGGCCGGUUGGAUUGGGAAGGGAACUUCCCCACUUCAAUUACCGACCCACAACCAAUGGGUAAGGUCGGAAUGUGUUUCCACCCUGAACAGGAUAGGAUACUUACCGUCCGUGAAUGUGCUCGAUCUCAAGGAUUCCCAGACAGCUACAAAUUUGCUGGUAAUAUUCAACACAAACACAGGCAAAUUGGGAAUGCUGUUCCUCCUCCUUUGGCAUAUGCUUUGGGGAGGAAACUCAGGGAAGCAAUAGAGAAGAAAAGCUCCAAAUCAGUGUUGAGUUGAUUUGAUUGUCUAUUUGAGCUUGUAAUUUUGUCUUUGUAGUUUUAGCUUCUCCACAUCUUUCCUUUGUACAUCAUUACCUCAGGUUUCUUCAAAUUUUAAACUACAGGGUUAACCAAGUCAGUUAGAUUUCAAGAGAAUCUCUGGCUUUGUUAUGUCCAAGAGAACAUUAUUUCACUCUAAUGUAUUCCUUGCUGUAUAGCUUGGCUAAUUUAUCAUAUAUUUGCCCAUGUUA